AUGGCUGCCUGACUGACAGACAACAACAGUACAAACUGAGUACUGACCAAGUCAAAGUUUAGCUGUAGAGUUCCAGUGAGCUGAACUGGUAAAGAAAGCUAAGCAGGGAAGAAGUUUGAUUCACUCAUUCAAGAUCUAUUUCCGGGGAGGACAAGAGUUUGGUUUUGGGCCUCAUCAUGAAAAGCCUGGAUCUGUUCCUGCUGGCAUGUUGCUUAUACAGCCUGAGCACAUUGGGAGGUGCAACUGAAUCAGAGAAUACUCUGAUGAAGAGCCUCUUUUCCAAAUACAACCUUAAGGUCCGACCAGCUCGUACCCCUGAAGAGAGGGUGGUGGUUCGCGUGGGCAUGAUCCUCACAUCCUUCGUCGGACUGAAUAUGAAAAAUGAAGAAAUGAGCACCACUGUUGUCAUGAAUCUGGAAUGGACAGAUUAUCGGUUGUCAUGGAAACCGAAGGAGCACAAUGGGAUUCAGGUGCUACGCAUCCCCUCUGGGAAGGUUUGGCUUCCUGACAUCGUCCUCAUCAAUAAUAAUGAUGGACAGUUUGAUGUGGCCCUGCAUGUCCAUGUUCAGGUUUACAGUAAUGGCAGGGUAACCUGGACUCCCCCUGCUCUGUACUGCAGUUCCUGUGGAGUCAAGGUAACAUAUUUCCCAUUCGACUGGCAGAACUGCACCAUGCAGUUUCGCUCUUACACAUAUGACUCAACAGAAAUCGACCUGCAGUAUGCCCUGAAUUCAAAAGGCAAGGAGAUUCGGGAGAUCCAGCUGGACGAGUCUUUCAGUGAGAGUGGUGAGUGGUACGUAAGACACAAGCCAAGCAGGAAGAACACAUUUGAUGACGAAUAUGAGGAAAUGACUUUUUACCUGAUCAUCGAGAGGAAGCCUCUGUACUACAUCAUCAACAUCAUCAUCCCUUGCAUCCUGAUUACUAUCAUCGCCAUCUUCAACUUCUAUCUGCCUCCCGAUGCAGGUGAGAAGAUGGGUUUGUCAAUCAAUGUGCUGCUCACCCUCACCGUGUUCCUGCUGCUGCUGGCUGAUAAGAUCCCCGAGACCUCGCUGGGUGUUCCCAUCAUCGUCAACUACAUCAUGUUUACCAUGGUCCUGGUCACAUUCUCUGUCAUCCUCAGCGUGGUUGUCCUCAACCUCCACCAUCGCUCUCCCAACACCCACAUGAUGCCAAUGUGGGUCCGCAAGAUCUUCAUCCACAUGCUCCCUCCUUACCUGGGCAUGCUGCGGCCAAAGGUGGAGACCCCCCUGUCUCUGGAGACCGUACCCCGCCGGGAAAAAAAAGUCACUGCAAUUAGCAUAGCUUCUGACGAAUACUUCAUCCGGAAACCUGACUCUUCCAUUUUAUUUCCCAAACCCAACAGGUACCAGCCGGAUGGCAUAUGCACAGACCUGAGGAAGUUCAUUGAUGGCCCCAGUAGCUACCUUGCACUACCUGAUGAGCUCAAGUCAGCCAUAGAGGCCAUCACAUACAUAGCCGAGGCUCUGCAGGCUGAAAAAGACUAUGAAGCGCUGAAAGAAGAUUGGCAAUAUGUGGCAAUGGUGGUGGACCGGAUGUUCCUGUGGAUUUUCGUCGUUUUCACCACUGUGGGCACGCUGGCCAUCUUCGCCGAUGCUAGCUUCAACCAUACCCCUACGGACCCCUUCAAGCCCUUCUGAAGCACAGGGGUGUCUGAUUUUCAUGAACCAUGUUGCUGGAAGUUACGAAUCCCUUGAUGUACAUGUAGAGGAAGACAAUUGUAACUGUUAAAAUAAAUACAGUUUCCAAUACAUUGCCUCAUCACAAAACACACAAUGCCUUUUUAAAUUAUAGCUGUACUAGUACUUAAAGGGCCAGUAACUGACAAACCAUAUGGAUUUUAUGGUGUUCUUUUUAGAUUUGUAGAAUUUUAAACUUUUACUGUGUUUGUUAGAUUUGGGAGAAACGCUUUCAAAACCCCAAAUUCAUAUAAUGUACUUUGCAAGCCUACGAUUAGGGUUAUAAGUUAGGACUAAAUAAGGUCUAUGGUCUAGAUAACCCCAACCCUAGCUCCAUUCAUAGGCAAUUACAAUAUGCAAUUUUUGUGUUUAUAUAAUUGCUUUCCAAGUUUUCUCAUUAUAGAAACAAAGACAAUAAUCGGACACACAGAAAUCAAAAACAGCUGAAAAAAAAAACCCCAAACAGUUUUGGCUUCAACCAAAAUAAAUGGCUAGGUUUCCACUGUAAGGACUUGGAUACCAGAAUGUUAACAGGGUUACACUCUGUUGCAGACAUGGACACACCCAUCAUCCUAUGGUGAAAUUUAGUUAAUUUGGGGCGAUAAUUUUCAUCGAUGCUGACUCUACCUGACUCAACCAGAAUUUGUAAAAGAAAACAAAGAAAAUAACAAUUCUGAUGUACAUCACAUGAAAAACUACUUACAUUUCACAAGUCUCCAAACUAUUUAGUCAGGGUAGGUUUACCUCAGAAGAUUAAUCUGGCCCAAAACCUUCUCCUAAUUCCAGAUGUGUUGCCAGUGACAGUUUGUAUGUUAAAUUUUUAAAAUAAUUAAAAUAACAAAAAAUAAUAAAUGCAUUGAUGAAAUUGCAUGAAAUGUAACUACUAAACCAAUGUUAGCAUACCAUACAUGCGUAUAAAUGCUACAAUAUAAACUACCAGCGUGGGAUUUUUUUAUUUUGUUAUUAGCUGUAUUAGGGUUUGAAGUGUGGCUCCAGGACUGGGUGUUCAUAUGUGGUGUUAACACAUAAACACCAAGACAAACCAGGCCCUAUAAUGAGCGUGCUGCAAGCCCAUGUCAGAAUGUGCUGGAGAGUGGCACAUGCUUUGCGGUAUAUUUCUGCAGACACAGUAAUCCUCUGCAUUUCAGGCAUUGGUGUAUGUAACGGAGCAGCACACCAACCCCAUUCAUCUGCUGCACCAACAGCCAAUGGAAUUCCCAAUAAUAGAGAAGACUCGUGCCUCUCGGUGCCUCGUUUUGUCUGGACACACGCAUGCUGCAUGUCCCUUUUACCACACCUGUCCUCUUGGUCUUGUGCUUUCAUUUUGCUUUUGUCUUUUAAAUAGAGAUCUGAGGGGAGAAUAUCAAAGGCUCCAUCUGUUCUCAGAAUGCUAUCACCUGCCCACCCUGCUAUUAAUAUCCCCACAUGUUGGCACUGGUCACCGGACACUACUGCAUGGGCUUCCCUGUUAUUUCUCUGUGUAAAUACACUCUCUCACUGAGAUCUAUUAGCGCAAGUAUUUGGGGGCUGAAAUUCUGCCAGUCCACGGCAGCCCACCUUGGCGACAGCACUGAUAGCCCCUCAGUAUUAUAGACCACCAUAUGUGACGUUAUCGCUACACUAGUGGUUGAAUUGCACUUGUUCCCUUUCCCGUCUAACACAUAACCUUCUAUGAAAGAGUAGCUUUGAGAAGCCAGGCUGCACAAAAACAAACACAGAGGUCAUUCUGAAUGAUGUAUUCACGCUGAGAAUGGCAGCUCAGAGGAGGUCAAGUCAGAGGCAUUUUCCCCUCACUUAAGUUUCAAUCUGCUGUUGAUUUAUAGUUUUAUGUUUUCACACUGGAAAGGCUCACCAGCAUGAGGGAGAGAGGAUGGAAUGACCCAACUGAGAGGAGAGAAAUUUAAAGGCAGAGACAGAGAGUAGGGGAUGGAGGAAAGAUGAACUUUAUGAGGCUUGAAAUAUAGACAUCAGCUUCGUAAAAAGCAACACGAAGGAUCAGAGAUAGAGCAGAAUCCGGAGUUCACUCGGGGGCCUUUGCUUCAUCGAUCAUUACGCUUGUAGUCCUCGCAGCCCUCUAUGGCAAAAAACAUCCAUCUCCAUUUUUAUACUUUCAUCCACAUCUUUUCUUGCCUCGAGCUCACAUCAAACUCAGAAUCAGCAAUGCUGAGGUGCUUUUUACUAAGACCUCUCCAUCAGUAUUGGCAUCACCUCCCUGCUCCUGCCAAGAAGUUUGGUAAUUCUAGAUUUCAUCACGCCACAGUAUCUGUGAAGCAGAGCCUUUCAUUUUCAGCUCCUUAAAUCACAGUGUGACUAAAGCCAUAGUUUUUAUAGGAAUUUGUACCUAAAGAACAGACAAACCCCAUCACUUGUGCUGUUUAGAAAGAUUCUCAAAACAAGUUUAUUUCAUAAUUUAAUCAAUUUAGGUUUUUUUUACCAGAACAUCAACAUUGUUUUAAACAGUAAAAAAAAAUAUAUUUCACUAUUUCUAUGAACAUAAAUAUAAAUAAGCAUAGCAUUAACUGAUGGAGGUCACAAAGUCAAACCCAGUCUACAAUCCCUGCAGAUCAGCUGAUACUGUUCUACGCACCCAACUUUGCAAAUCUCAUAUAUUGUAGGGAUUAAACUUUAGCCUGUCUAUGGUUGCUGUGACACUGCAAGUUGCUUUGCAGCCCCCCUCCACUCCUGCUCUUCCUCUUCAUGUUGUAGCUGACUUAAUCAGUGUCAAAUCUGUGAAUGCCUGCUUUUGUCUGUAUCUCUGUGCCACUUCCUUCCUUCUGUGUGGAGAUGACCUUUCUAAAUGUUGAUGGGUUUGUACGCCAUGUCACGCAAAAAACGUUGACGCACAUGGAAAUAACAAUCGUCUUUGACAGGCACGGCCUUGAAAUAUUGUUUUGGUUUAAAAUCAUUUUUUAUUUUUAAAUUGCAUAAUCGAUUUUGCUACUUUUGAUUUGUAGGAAAAUUAGACAAUAAAUUCAGUGUUUGUG